GGCCGCCGCUCCGCUCGCUCGCCGCCUCCUCGCCGCCCAGCCCUCGGCGCGCCAGCCCCGGGGACCGCGCCGCCCGAGCCGGGCGCCUGCCUGGCGGGGGCCGGGGCCGGGGCCGGGGCCGGGCCGGGGCCGCAGCGGCCGGGGCGUCCUGGCGCCCACCAUGCGGGCAGAGCUGUGGCUCGCGGUGCUGGUGCUCAGGGAGGCGGCCCGGGCGCUGAGCCCCCCGCCCGGAGCAGGUCAGGAUGCAGGCCGAGGCUCUGGAUGGGCUGCCAAGGGGUCCACACAGGGCUGGAGUCGGAGAGCCCGGGAGAGCCCUGGGCAGGUGUCGGAGUUGGACAGGACCCAGCUGAGCCAAGACCCGGGUGGGGGCACCCUGGCCAUUGACACACUGCCAGAUAACAGGACCAGAGUGGUGGAGGACAACCAUAACUACUAUGUGUCCCGUCUAUAUGGCCCCAGCGAGCCCCGAAGCCGGGAGCUGUGGGUGGACGUGGCCAAGGCCAACCAGAGCCAAGUGAAGGUCCACAGAAUCCUCUCCAACACCCACCGGCAGGCUUCGAGAGUGGUCUUGUCUUUUGAUUUUCCUUUCUAUGGGCAUCCUCUGCGACAGAUCACCAUAGCAACUGGAGGCUUCAUCUUCAUGGGCGACACAAUCCAUCGGAUGCUCACAGCUACUCAGUAUGUGGCGCCUCUGAUGGCCAAUUUCAACCCUGGCUACUCCGAUAAUUCGACAGUCGCUUACUUUGACAAUGGGACAGUCUUUAUUGUUCAGUGGGACCACGUGUACCUCCAAGGCCGGGAAGACAAGGGUGGCUUCACUUUCCAAGCAGCUCUGCACCAUGACGGCCGCAUUGUAUUUGGCUACAAAGAGAUUCCUAUGUCCGUCUUGGAAAUCAGCUCCUCCCAGCACCCCGUCAAAGCAGGACUAUCAGACGCCUUCAUGAUUCUCAACCCAUCCCCGGAUGUACCAGAAUCUCGGCGAAGGACCAUCUUCGAAUACCACCGUGUGGAGCUGGACCCCAGCAAGGUCACCAGCACAUCAGCCGUGGAGUUCACCCCACUGCCAACCUGCCUGCAGCAUCGGAGCUGUGACACCUGUGUGUCCUCGGACCUGACCUUCAACUGCAGCUGGUGCCAUGUCCUGCAGAGAUGCUCCAGUGGUUUUGACCGCUACCGCCAGGAGUGGCUGGCCUACGGCUGUGCCCAGGAGGCGGAGGGAAAGACAUGUGAGGACUUCCAGGACGAGGGCCACGACUCAGCCUCCCCCAACAGCUCCUUCAGUCCAUUUGACGGCGACCUCACCACCACCUCCUCCUCCCUCUUCAUCGAUAGCCUCACCACUGAAGAUGACACCAAGUUGAAUCCCUAUGCAGGAGGAGACGACGGCCUUCAGAACAACCUGUCCCCCAAGACAAAGGGCCCUCCUGUGCAUCUGGGCACCAUCGUAGGCAUCGUGCUGGCGGUCCUCCUGGUGGCAGCCAUCAUCCUAGCUGGGAUUUACAUCAACGGCCACCCCACCUCCAAUGCUGCGCUCUUCUUCAUCGAGCGGAGACCUCACCGCUGGCCAGCAGUGAAAUUCCGCAACCACCCCAACCACUCCACCUACACGGAGGUCGAGCCCUCCGGCCAUGAGAAGGAGGGCUUUGUGGAGGCUGAGCAGUGUUGAGAGCACCAGGUGUCUCCAUGGAAGGAUAGGAAAGAAGACCCCAGGACCCCCAAAAAAGACCAGUCAAAGCAAAGAAGUGACUUUUCUUGGCUUCCUCUGAACAUCCCCUGUGAAGAUGGAGAUGAGACCGUGGCUUAUGGUACCAGAGCCAUAGUGUGGCCAUCACAUACCACGUCCUGGAGCAAGGGGCAAAAAAGCAACCACAAGAGGUUUUUAAGGGACAACAACUAAUUUCAUCCCAUUUUGAUGGGAGCAGUCUCCCCUUCUGGGUCUCUCAAUGGUCUCCUCCGUGGAUCCCAGAGGCCCCUCCCACCUGGAGAUGGCCAGAUGCCCUAUUCCAGUCACCUAAGGCCUUUCCCUAUGACACAGAGAACAAGACUCUAGAUUGGGGCCACAGCCUUGCAGGGUCCAUAGACUCCAGAGCUGGUCCUCAUGGCUAUGGAUGCAGUAUAUUUUGCCCCAGCCUUGGUGGCUCUGGAAGUCUGAAGAAGUUCUGGCCAUCUGUGAAACACAGCCAUGGCUUUGGCUGGUGUGUCGUCAUCGAGGAAAGCCAAAUGGGAGGAGAGGAAAGAACUGGUGUGGGGAGGAGUUGCAUUUUUAGGCUUUACUCCCUAGAAUUACCCUUUCUGCUGAGAACCAGUCCGUCUGCAUUGAACGUGUGUGCAGCCUGCAUCAUGGGCUUCACCCCAACUGCGGCCCAGCCUUGGCCUGGCAAGCUGUGCUGGCCACGGCUGCAUCCACGGCCGUAGGGGCUCUAGAUUCUGAGGCACAUUUGGUGUCCAUCAUGUUCCCUGGCUCGUCCUGCUGUCAGCGCCAGGAAGUACCUUCAAAGGCAGGGCCUGCCAGACUUGUACUUUUCCUCCUCUGAGCUAGAUUUUUAUAGCCAUUAAAGAGAAGAAGCCGGGUACCAGGAGGGCUUCUGGAGACAAACUCAGCAGGGGACUUCAGCUGGAUUCUGUUGAGGAGCAAAGCUGCUGGAAUGGAUGGGACAGCGGAAGCUGGCGUGGGAAGGAGGGGCUUUCUAUGGAAAACCUUGACCUAGAAGGUGGCUUCCAUCUCCCCAGCUCUGCCGGAAGCUUUUGGAAAAAAGUGUUUUAGGCUCCCAAACUUAACCUUGGUUUUAAGGGAAUUCUGUCCCAGGGAUGAGUUGGGGCUGCUUCUGAAGAGCAUUUAAAAUUAAAAUCUAUAGCUCAACCUCAUUCAAAGUAAAGAAUAUCAGCAGCAAAUAAAUGUUAAAUCCGUCUCUA